UUUUUCUAGCUCGCAUCUGUUCACGAUUAUUCUAUUGUGGAGUAUCCUUCCAUUAAAUCAAGCGCAAUGGAAACCCUGCAUUGAACUGAAACAGGAUCUUCCGAUUCCUUGCCAGUGUGCUCUAUCCAUGAAUAAUCCACAAUUAAUUGAAAUGGACUGCGAUCGAGUGAUUUUUACUCGCGACACUGCGAACAUCUUAUAUGAUCAGCCAAUUAUAUCGAUUAGCCAGAAAUAUUGUGGCUAUCAAACUUUACCAGAAGAUCUUAAUUUCACUCUAACUCUUAGGAAACUGGACUUGUCAAGCAAUAUGAUCUAUCGGUUAACAGAUCGUGUAUUGAAAUUUCAGAGUGAACUAUUUGAGCUUCGACUUGCCGAUAAUCUGUUGGGUGAUAGUCUAAACCCUAUAUUUUCUAGUAACGGAUUUCACAACAUGGAAAAACUCAAAAUACUCGAUCUCAGUAGAAAUGGUCUUAGAAGUAUUGAAGGAGGAACCUUAAAAGGAUGUACGAAUUUGGAGGAGCUAUAUCUUGAUGGCAACAAUUUGACUACGGUACCUACUGCCUCUUUAAAAGGUCCACGAGCCAUUAGAGUAUUGUCCCUGGCUCAAAACAAUAUCGGUAUUGUUCCACAAAAUGCUUUUAUAACUAUAGGUGAUUCACUAUUACGAUUAGAUCUCAGCUACAAUGAAUUAUCUCACAUGGAAGACAAUGCUUUUUCCGAUCUUCAAUAUUUACUGUUUCUGAACAUUUCCCAUAAUUCUCUCAGCCGUUUCAACAGCGACGUCUUUAAAGGUGUAUUCAGUCUGCUUCAAUUGGAUCUCUCAGCUAAUUUUCUUCAGAAGUUUCCCACCAAUGCGCUAAGACACUUAACAAAUUUGAAAUUCUUAAAUAUUUCCGACAACCUGAUUACUGAAAUAGAACAAAAAUAUUUAUCAAGCUUGACUGAGCUGCAAGUUUUAGAUUUGAGCCGAAACAAUAUAGGUCAGCUCGGAAUUAAUACAUUUUCCAAUCUCUCUGCUCUCACUAGACUGGAUCUGAGUCUUAAUGCGCUGCGCACGAUCGAAGAAUCAUCUUUCGAAGGUUUGAUCAAACUGAAAUGGCUAUCCUUACAAGACAACAACAUUCUAUUGGUACCAGUUUCAGCACUUAUGCGAUUACCAUCCUUAGCACACUUGCAUCUGCAAUUCAAUCGCAUUGCCACACUCUCCAGCGAACUAAUUCACGCCACAUCGACGAAUCUUAUGAGUCUGGGCUUGGCACAUAAUCUAAUACGCGAAAUACAGCCUAGAUUAUUCUAUAACUUUGAACAUCUUAUCAACCUCGAACUUUCCGGCAAUAUGCUGUCAGUUAUUUCGCAAAACACAUUUGCUGAUCUGGAAGAUACCUUGCUGAAUCUUGAUAUAUCAUAUAAUCGAUUGAUAACUAUCACUGAGUUAAUGCUGGGAAAUCUACUUUCACUGAAUUUGGCGGGUAACCAACUAAAACGAUUAUCACCGGAAACGUUUAAAUACUUAAAUAAAUUAAAGUAUUUGAAUCUCAGCAGUAAUCCCUUAUAUGGUGGUUUUCCGCCGGUAUUUCCCUCAUCUUUGAUCAAUCUCGACAUAUCGCAUACAGAACUCAAGAUCUUACCGACUGUGUUGCUGCUAAAUCUUAAAUCACUAGAGAGAAUUUUUCUUUCUGGCAAUCAGCUACAAGAAAUUCAUGAGGGCACCUUUCAGCAUCUGUACAAUCUUACAACAAUUGAUCUUUCAUACAAUGCCAUCGAGCGCAUCGAUAUUGGCGCCUUUGUCAAUCUCAUUAAUCUCUACUCGUUAAAUUUGUGCGGUAAUAAACUCACGUUAUUCAUUGGCGAACACUUCAACACCGGUACUGGUUUAGAAAUUCUUGAUUUGUCCAACAAUUAUAUUAAUCAAUUGUCUCCGACUGCCUUUGUGAUACAUCCAAGGCUUACACGACUUGACCUGUCAAACAAUAAAUUUGUCCAGUUUCCCAGUGACUUUAUCAAAUCAUUACAAUUUUUGAAAUGGUUGGAUUUAUCUGAUAACAUGUUACAUCACGUGAACGAGUUUGCCUUUUCGCAGAUAGGAAGAUUGCGCGAGCUGGAUCUCUCCAAUAAUAGAAUUGAAUCGGUAGAUGAGCUGGCCUUUCACAAUUCCACGCAACUUCAAUUGCUAGAUUUAUCUAACAAUGUUUUAGAAACGCUGAACGAACGUACUAUGGAAGGUCUAUAUCGAUUAGAAAUUUUGAAUCUAUGCAAUAAUCGACUUGCCUCGCUACCCGAGACUAUCUUUGAUCCAUCGAGGAUUCGUAACAUUGAGAAGAUUGAUUUAUCUGGUAAUCGUUUUAACGAGAUACCAAUCGCUCUGCAACGACAAUCACUGCUUAAUCUAAAAAUAGCUCGCAACCAAAUAGUGGAAAUGUUUACGCAAGUUAUCAUCAAUAACGUAAAGGAACUUGAUCUCUCUGAAAAUCCACUAAACGAAAACGCGAUACGCGGCAUUCUGGGCGAAGCAAAGAUAUUGCGAUCGUUGAAUCUCGCCGAUACGAGUAUCAAAACUAUUUCUAGGAUAGAGAUGCCAUUUCUGAAGUAUCUGAAUCUCUCAGGCAAUGCAAUCACAGAUAUUAAACCCAACACGUUCGAGCGUACUACAAUGUUAGAAAGUCUAGAUGUGUCAAGAAAUUGUUUGACAGACUUCAUAAAUCUAACCAGCAGCUUUAAAACUCUGCUUGUACUCCAAAGUCUAGACAUCUCUCAUAAUGAAGUAAAGAACAUUAACGAGAGCAGCUUCAAUGGAUUGGUCACGUUACGCUCUUUAAAAAUGACAAAUUUAGCGAAUAGCACCAGAAUUGAGAAAAAUGCAUUUAAAUCGUUGACAAAAUUACGAUUUUUACAUGCUUACAAUUAUCCUAAGUUAAUCUACUUUGAUGUACAAAAUAUUCUGAAAAAUAUGUUAAAUCUAGAAACGCUGGACAUUGAAAUCAAAGACUCAUCAAUAGGCAACGAGCAAUUAUCAAUACAUACUCAUCCUCGUCUGCGAGAAUUAACAUUGCGAGGGGAAAAACUGCGUAGUAUUCAUUCGAAUUUGCUGAUUGGUGUGCGAGGACUAAGAUUGUUCCUAGGUCUAAAGAAUACUUCCAUAGAUUUGAUACCAACUGCUUUCUUAUUUCCAGUACCGCGAUCUACCAUGGUUGAAUUAAAUGUUGCUGAUAACAAGCUUACAAAUUUAUCAGCUCAGCUAUUAGCCGCUUUGGACGAACGAGGAAGUUCCGUAAGAAUCAGUGGUUUAAAUAAUAACCCGAUUAAUUGCAGUUGUGAGACAAAAUAUCUAUGGAGAUGGCUCCAAUUGCCAGGCAAUAGAGCGCCCAUUGUAAUCUGUGCCAAUCCUAAACACUUCGAGGGUGUAACGUUGAACGAUCUUACAAAAGAGAAUUUCUUAUGUAAUCGCACGACAUCAACAAAAUUACAAAUGACAGAAACUAUGGUAUUGACAAAAUCUACAACACACGAACCAGAAAUCAUAUGGACUAUUGCACCGACGGUGCAAAAUAAUCGAAAUCAAUAUAUUGAUCAUACAAAUGCAUCCAUGAUGAGUAAUACUUCGAGCACUGACGAUACCCUCAUUAUCAGCAUCAUUGGUGGUGUAGUAGCAUUCAUCGCGGUCAUUAUCAGCGUGAUUUGCAUCUGCCGAUUGCGAUGGAGUAGCCAAAUGCAAGAAGCGAGAAUGACAACAAUAGGCACCUCAAUCAUCCCUGAGGAGUCAAUGAUUCCUGAGACAUCAAUUAUACGACCAACAAGUGCCUAUUCAAACAAGAUUAAUCAUCAUGAUCUGUACAUAGGCUUAUACAACAACUCGACUUUAGAACGCAGCGGCAAUAGUUCAAUGCUAUUGACUACCCCUGUGCAGAUGAUGCCCUUUGCGCAACCGAUUCAUAUGAUGCACGCUAUGAAUCCGUCCUCAUCUUCACUGUCUACGCAGCAAAUUUAUGACAAUCCACCUCUUCCCAUAUACGUUAUAGAGAACAAAAUAGAGAGACAAUUAAUGUAGAGGCAAUCAGUCCUCGAAUAAUAUAAAUAUCUAAAAAUUAUGUAUUUGUAUGAGGGGAAGGGGGGGUGUAUCUUUUUUUAGCCUCGAGAAAAUGCGCAUCCGCAUACCCAGUCUUCUUGGGAGAAAAAAGUGGGUUAUAUGGAGCUGGGACUAAGGCUGCUCCGACCCACUAAAAACUCGAGGAUGGCCAUUCCUACGCCUCGGGAACUGUUUUGCACAUUACCUCCAAGGCCGCCCGAGCUCACGUAUUAUUGCGCCCGGCUCAUGGGGAUGUAUCUGUGUGCGUGUGUGAAAGCACGCGCGUGUGUAUUUAAUCUACUUAAAAGUAGGAAUGUUAGGCCGGUUCUAAUCCGGAAGUGCCAAGAGAUAAGCGGGGAAAGAAAGCAGGGAGCAAAGGUAGAGUGCGGAAAAAGAGAUCAAUAUUAUUAAGCAAAAGAACAGUAAGAGAAGGAAGUAGGAACUAUUUUUAAACUAUAGAAGAAGAAGAAAGAGAGGAACGUGAUAUCAAUGGUAAUAUUGAUAUGGUAUCAAUAUAUGGGUAGUAUCAAAGAUAAUAUUGAUAAAAGUGACACAUAUUGAUAGUAUUUGAAGUGACGUCUGCUGAUAUACAUAUAGCCAUAUAACUCGAGCGUGAGACGAAGCGCGUAUUGAGUUGUUAACAUUGACUCGCGAUGAUGUUAUGUCAUAUCCGGUGGCAUUUACAAAUGUUGUAGAGAAAUGUUGUAAAGAAAAAAAUUAAGUUGCGCACAAUAAACAUAUUGUUUAUGUGUGCUAAAUAUUAUCGCCAUUUACUGUGUGUGUUUUAAUUUUCAAUAUAUUAUAAAUUGUAAUGAUACACUAUUCAUCGUUACCUGAUAUAUAGUCAAUCAAUCAGAAGUCUGUCGCUCGACAAAUAUAACUGUGAAAUGAGCAGAAACAGGACAUGUUUAAAUAUAAAUGAUUGAAAUGAACACCACACAAUUGGACACUACACGAUUGAAUCAUAGAUUCAAUUAGACACGGUUUCUAUUGACAAGGUGUAAACAAAUGAUCUUACAUUCUACAAAAAAUUACAAACUUAUGUAAUUAUGCAAUUAUUGACCUCAUUAUGAACUGAAAGUAUCAGUCGAUAUACAUAGACUUUGCUUUGCAUAGAAAACAAAUUCAUAUGGAAAUUCGUACAAUGUCCAAUAUGAACGUGUCCAAUAGUAUGUGUUCAAUCGAGCGGUGUCCAAUCAAUACAUGUCUAAACAGAAUAUAUAGAGAAACCUGAGAGCGGCCACCGAGAUUUAGUGGCCGUGUAGGGAGUAUAUCUCCCCUCUCUCCCGAGUAGUUUUGGCGAGCACGGUAGCGCGCAGAUAGGCCGUGGACGGUUGUAACGAGUGGACGUGCUAAUAAAGUAUUCCUCUAAGUACUA